AUGUGUACACCCCAGGUUAUCUCAAUGGGGAUAAAGAAUCACCAUACACAAAAAACCAACAAAUUAGAUUUAUUUGAAUUUGAACGGGCCAUACCAGAAAUACAAGUAAAGAUAAAGGAAUAUACCCAUAAAAUAAGAGAUAUUAAAAGGGAUUUAAACACAGAACAAUUUGAAGGGUUUGGAAAGACUUUCCAUAAACAAUGCAUGGGACGAUACGCAGAACGGUUAAAUAUAUUUAUAUUUAAUUAG